AUGACCGUUAUUCUUUGUGCAUGUUAAGCACAUAUCAGUAAACACACAGCCAUGGACACCUGAGGCAAUCUAAUGAAAUCCAGUAAUCAAUUCUGCAGCAUGUUCCUGUUCUGCGGUAUGAGUGUACAAUGAGGGGAAGUAUACAGACAAAGUCAGAAUUGUCACAAUUUGUCUCGGUCCUGCAAGUCAAGUGAAUGACUUUAUGAGCCGACUUUAGAAGACAACAAAUCAAGAUGAACUGGUGUCCACAGUCCCCACUGGUCCGUCCAGUUGUCUCACCAGAGGGCAUGCCACUUGGUGUGUGGUGUGUGCUUUGUGUAUGUGUGUGUGUCUGUGUCUGUGUCUGUGAUAGGUCAGGUACUUGUGAAACAUGCUAUGCGAGUGAGGAAAAAAUGUUUGGAGUAACAACAGAGAGACAUUUUUCCCUUUGCGCUUGCAAAACAGAUGAGUGUUUUCUCUACUAUGAGGUGAGAGGGGAAAUGAGUGGGGGCAGAGGAGAGAGAGAGAGUAGAGAAAGAGAGGGUAGAGAGAGAGAGUAGGGAGAGAGAGGAGAGUGAGAGAAAAGAGAGAGAGAGAGAGAGAGAGAGAGAGAAGGGAGAAAGAUAGAGGGAGAGCGAGCAGUGAGAGAGCUGUAAGGAGGCGAACUAUAUAAGGAUGAAGACAAGGAGUGUCUAGUGUGUCAGUGAGAGGGAGCGGGUGUGUGUGUGUGUGUGUGAGCACGCUGCAGGGAAUCCCACGGUGUGAGAGUGAAAAAAGAAGGCUAGAGACUUUAAACAAAGUGAGGGACAGAAAGAGAGAGUGGGGAAAAGAAGAAAGACGUGUCUCCAUACAGAGGAACAGACUCAGAGAACAGCUGAGGCAUCAGGAAACUAAUUGUGGAUGUGGAUGUGGAUGUGUACAUGUUUGUGUGUUUGGGUCUGACUUUUGCUCAGGGCUUGUUUGUGAGUGUGUGUGUGUGUGUGUGUGUGAGUGAGCGUUUUUGGUAACAAUGCUUGUCUGCUGUGGCGGUGGGCAUCGUGUCCGGUCCUGGCUGACCUUUGUGACCGGGCUGUUUGAGUGUCUGUGUUUCGCCGGCGCCGUGUUUGGCUGGGCCUCGCUGGUCUUCGUGCUCAAAGGCGAUGGCUACUUCAGACAGCUCUGCGUCAACACCACCUCCAGCAAUGGCACAUACAUUGACUGCAGUGAGCAGGAUGAGAAGCUCUCCCUCAUCUUUACCAUCGCGUCCUUCAUGAACAACUUCCUCACGCUGCCUAAUGGCUUUCUGUUUGACCGCUUUGGCACCAUGGUUACCCGUCUUCUUGGAAUAUCCAUAUACACCACGGGGACCAUGCUGAUAGCAUUCUCAAACGCUGCUCUGUCCAUUAUACUGUUCCCUGCUCUCUCCUGCAUUGCGGUUGGAGGAAUUCUCUUUCUUGUGACAAACAUGCAGGUUGGAAACCUAUUUGGUUCACGGCGCUCCACUAUAAUUACCCUCUACAAUGGUGCAUUUGAUUCUUCCUCAGCCAUCUUCCUCAUCAUCAAGCUGCUGCAUGAGAGCGGCGUCUCUCUUCAGGCCUCCUUCCUCUUCCUGUCCUCCUGCAGCGUCAUCCACCUGCUGCGCACCUUCCUACUGAUGCCCCGAAAACACAUCCCCUACCCACUACCUGAGGACUACACUUAUGGAAUGAGCUGUGGCCAGAAGAGGAGCUACAGCAUAGAGGGCAAAUCAGCCAACGAGGGAAACAUACAGACUCCUGCUGCUAUUACCGAGGAGACCGCUCUUCAAGAAGACUCGCCAUCCUCCCAAAGCAAGCCAGAUAAGAGUUUCCGGAGCUGUGCGCUGUCCUGGUUCUUCCUGUGGCACUUGGUGUGGCUGUCUGUCAUGCAGCUGAGACACUACCUCUUCAUUGGCACCCUCAACCCCAUGCUGAACCGCCUCACCGCAGGGGACCCAGCUCUGGUGAGCACCUACACCAAUGCGUUUGCCAUCACUCAGCUGUGUGGGGUGCUGUGUGCUCCCUGGAAUGGACUCCUUAUGGACCGACACAAGGGACGUGCCAGGAAGCCAGGUGAGAGCGAGCAUGAGGCGGACCUGCAGGCGUCCAUCUUGUCUCUGUCCCUGACGGCGCUGCAGUGUGUGCUGUUCUCCGUGUGUGCUGCCUCCCCACUGCUCCCUCUGCAGUACCUCACCUUCAUCCUCCAGGUGCUCAACAGGUCCUUCCUCUACGGUGGGAACGCAGCCUUCAUCAGCGUGGCGUUCCCACCAGCCCAUUUUGGGAAGCUGUAUGGUCUAGUGAUGGCUCUGUCUGCAGUGGUGUCUCUGUUGCAGUACCCCUGUUUCGCCCUCAUCAAGGGACCCCUGGGAGGAGACCCACUCUAUGUGAAUAUUGCACUGACCUUAGUGACCCUACUGGCCUUCAUCCACCCUGCGUAUGUCUACAUCCACUGCCGUCGCCAGGCAGCACAGAGGGGCAGAACUACGAACUAGCCCUACCAAUUCACUGACAGAAGGGACCAACUAACAUUUUAACCUAUGCGUUAUAGGCUAUGUUUUAAUCCAGUAUUUCAAAUGCAUAACAACACUAGCUUUAGCUUUUUUACAUUAAAGACGUCCAUUCCAAUUGAGGAACUUGAAUCUAUUUAAGGAAAUGAAUAAAGAGUUAGGUUAAUGAACUGAAAAUUGUAUCUGAAACUCCAGAGGUAGGAAGAAGUAUUUUAUGAGAUGCGAGUGCUGGAAGCUCUCACAUCUCACAUGGCAUGUGAAUUUACAUAAUGAUUUUACUACAAUGUCAUAUUUUGUUUCCAAGAAGUCAACUGGCAUUGCAUCUGUGUUUGUGCUAUAUUUCCAUGUGAUGUGUACUGGCAUUCCUUCCUGAACUUAACUCAGGAAUUAGAGUGUGGUGUCACACCUGCCUUAACCCUCCGACCCCACCAGACCUCAGCUAGAGAGCAGCUGUUACAUACAUGUCACACGCACCCACACAGUCACACACGCACAGCCCCCCCCCCCACGACACACAAACACACAUACACACACACACACACACACACACACACACACACACAGACAAAUACACACCCAAACACACACACACACACACACACACACACACACACACACACACAUACUGUAUAGACAGACAGGCAGACAGACAAAUACACACACACAAAAGCCCCUAGUUAGAGUGAUAGUCAAACCACAUAGCAGUCACUGUUUACACAUCAGGCUUUCCCUUUCUUUUAGUGCUGUUUGAUUUUGAAUCCAGACUUUCUGUCUUUUUAGUGUAACUCUUCAGUUCAGGAGACUUUUGCUUAUUCAAGAUAACACUCACACAGUCAAAAUAGGACAUACUGCCCUCUCUUGGCCAAAAGGGGCAAACAUUUUACCACGUGUGUCUCUUAGGAACUCGGAGGUCGUCAAUGAUGUUAUGUCAGUGUUAAAAACAUUUUUUAAAAAAGUAUUAGUCAGUGGCAGUAUUAUGAUUUUGUACUACUUUUUAUACUGAAGGGAAUCACAUGCACUAAAUAAAAACAUGUGAAAUUUA